AUGGCUCAACUUCUGCAUAGCCCACAGCUGACACUGGCCAAGCUAUUGGCACUGACUUUAUCUUUGUCAAGCUUGGCACACUCAGGCGGCAUCGUUCAAGAUGCGAAUGCCCUUGCAGAUUCGUACGACUAUGUCAUUGUUGGAGGUGGCACUGCGGGACUGACACUUGGUGACCGCCUGAGCGAAGACGGCAAGAACUCGGUGUUGGUGGUCGAGUAUGGAGAUUUAGUCAACGUCUCGGCAAUUACCGAAAUCGAGGGAGGAUUCCAGGGCAUGAUUCCCGACUUCAUGUUCAGCCUGACCUCGGUCCCACAGACCAACCUCCGCAACCGCCGCGCCGGCGUCUUUGCCGGCAAGGUCCUGGGAGGAACUUCAGCCAUCAACGCCAUGAUGACCAUCCGCGGCACCACCGAAGACUACGACAGGUGGGGACAGUUCUUUGGACCAAACUCAACCUGGAGCUGGGAAGGGAUGCUACCGUAUUUCAAAAAGGCCAUAAGCUUCAUCCCGCCGGGACAAGAGGUGGCUUUGGCUUCCAACAUCACCUACGACCAGAAGCUGUGGGGGAACACGUCCAAGGUCUUUGCCAGCUGGCCGUCGUAUCAGUACCCCAGCACCAAGGCCAUCGUGGAUGCCUUUAGGGCAGUGCCGGGGGUCGAAUUCCCGCGGGACAGCGGCGAGGGCAAGACGGGGGUGUACUGGUAUCCGCAGUUCAGUCACCCGCAGACGGUGACGCGGUCCUUCUCGAGGACGGGUCACUGGGAUGACAUUCACAGAGACAACUACGAGGUCGUGGUCAACUCAAAAGUGACCAAGGUUGUUUUCAAUGGCACGAGAGCCGUGGGGGUGACUUUUGUGCCGUCCGAGGGAGGUGCUGGACUGCCGACAACAGUCAAUGCGAGGAAGGAAAUCGUUUUGUCUGCCGGCGCCAUUCAUAGUCCGCAUAUUCUGCAGCUGAGUGGCGUGGGUCCAAGGAAGCUGCUCGAGUCGGCCAAGAUUCCCGUUGUUGCCGACGUUCCAGGGGUCGGUCAGAAUUUCCAAGAUCAUCCCAUGCCUUCGGCGAGCUUUGAUUUGCGCAACUUCCCCAUCCGCCCCGUCCGUCAAGACUACAUCAGCAACGCCAGCUUCCGAGCCUGGGCCGACGACAUCUGGGCCACCAGCAGACAGGGCCCUCGUUCCAUCGCCACCGGUAACGUGGCAGCCUGGCUGUCCUUGCCGGUCAUCUCACCGACCCGCUACGCCGAGAUUGCCGACGCCCUCGCGGCCCAAGACCCAGCCGCCUCCCUACCCACCGGCACCGAUCCGUCCGUCAUCAAGGGGUACGGGCGACAGAUGGCAUCCUACGCCGCGGCGAUGCGGCGCAACGAUACGGCCUUUUACAACCUCGUCAUCAACAGCGGCAGCGCCCCGGGAAGCAGCGUCAUCAGCCUGAACGGGCGGUCGUCCGAAGGGUGGCUUGUGGCGCUGCACCAGCUGAGCAGGGGUAGCGUCAACAUCGACCCCGUAGACCCGUCGGGACGUUCACCCGUCAUCGACUAUCGCGCUCUGUCCAACCCGCUUGAGAAGGACGUCAUGGUGGAGAUGAUACGCUUCACGCGCCGCUUCUUCAUGGAGAACCCGGCCAUGGCGCAGUACUCGCCCGCGGAGCUGCAGCCCGGCCCAGGCGUCGUGAGCUUCGAGGCGCUGAGUGCCACGCUGCCCGGGACGGUGAACCCUACCAUGGCUCAUCCCGUCGGGACGUGCUCCAUGAUGCCGUUGGAUCUUGGCGGAGUUGUGGAUGAGGAGUUGAGGGUUUAUGGUGUUCAGGGGCUUCGGGUCGUGGAUGGGAGCAUUAUGCCGACUAUUGUUGGGGCGAACCCAUCUCAGACCAUCUAUGGUAUUGCUGAAAAGGCUGCGGAUAUAAUCAAGGCUGGCGACAUUGACAUCUGAUUAACAGCCAAGCUUGUACUUUUGAUAGGUUAUCUAGGCACAACCCCAUUCCAGCAGAGA